CAUUUAUUUAGUUUUAUUUGCCGUGGUCCAUCAUAACUCAUAACUUUAUAGAGCAUUUUCAUCUGAAUUUGCAAGUUCCGUUUGCUCCAUUUACUCCAUUUUGCUCCAUUUGCCCUGUUCGCUCCAGAAACACCAGCAGCAGCUAUGCCUUCCACCACAGAGUAUCGUGCCGGGAAACGACCUCGUACUCAAUCCUUACCUCCCCCAGCUCUCCCCCAGCUGGUCGCCGAGCAGCAUGUACCCAUCGCCUCCAAUGACAAGGACAGCCAGAGACUGAUAGUUGUCCUGUCCAAUGCGAGCCUCGAAACUUACAAGGCCUCACACGGAGUGGGUCGCCCCGGCCUGCCGCGGGAGGACAAAUACUCGCUUCUGAACAGCGACGAACACAUCGGCGUCAUGCGCAAGAUGAACCGAGACAUUAGCGAUGCCCGGCCAGACAUUACCCACCAGUGCCUCCUCACUCUUCUGGAUUCUCCUAUCAACAAAGCAGGGAAAUUGCAGAUAUAUAUUCAAACUGCCAAGGGUGUCCUUAUCGAGGUGUCGCCAACUGUCCGUAUCCCCCGAACAUUCAAGCGAUUUGCUGGUUUGAUGGUCCAACUGCUCCAUCGACUUUCCAUUCGCUCGACCAACUCGCAGGAGAAGUUGCUUCGUGUCAUCCAGAACCCAAUCACGGAUCACUUACCACCCAAUUGUCGAAAAGUCACGCUAAGCUUUGACUCAAGCACGGUGCGAGUUCGAGACUAUAUUCAAAAUCUGGAUCCGAAGGAGAGUAUAUGCGUCUUUGUGGGAGCCAUGGCUAAGGGUGCGGACAACUUCGCGGACGAAUACGUAGAUGAGAAGAUAUCCAUUAGCCAAUAUAGUCUCUCGGCCAGUGUAGCUUGCAGCAAGUUUUGCCAUGCUGCUGAGGAUGCCUGGGACAUCCUCUAGGCUAGACUGCGCCAGCCCCUUCCGAAAGGUGGAAUGAAGGAAGGUGAGAAGGGGAGCGAGUGGUGGGACAUAUUAGGUAUGAAUGAUUACACGGGCGUUGACUUGCGGAACCCGCCAUACAACAUGACGGCUGACGCAGGCCCGCUCUGAGCUUGGGUCUACGGGUUUUGUUCAGUCUCUGUUUUUGCAACCAAAACAUCAGGCGUUCAACAUGAGAUCCAAGACGUUUUCGCCGU